AUGGAUUACAGCUCGUUCAGUGGAGUCCCCCGAUUCUUGACCCGGCCUAAGGCAUUUAUGGUGUCUGUGGGGAAGGACGCCACCCUGAGCUGCCAGAUCAUUGGGAACCCCAUCCCAGUUGUGAGCUGGGAAAAGGAUAAACUUCCAGUCCAGUCUGGGGGAAGGUUUAAAACCACAGAAGAUGGGGAUCUCUAUCGGCUAACAAUCUAUGAUCUGAGCCUGGAGGACAGUGGCCAAUACAUCUGCCGGGCCAAGAACACCAUUGGGGAAGCUUUUGCUGCUGUCAGUAUCAAAGUUGGAGAGGAGACCACGGUAACAGAGUCAGCCCCGUAUUUCAUCCAGAAACCGUCCUCCAUCAAAGUAACUUUGGGCGAGGAUGCCAUGUUCAAAUGCAAAGUUCAGGGCAGCCCUCCCCUCUCGGUGAACUGGGAGAAAGAUGGGAGACACCUGCGGAACCGGGCUGACGCAGGCCGCUUCCAGAUCGAGUCUUCCGGGGAGUCAAAUGCUCUCACCAUCCAAUGUGCCCGGCUGGGGGACAGUGGCACAUACACGUGCCGGGCAGAGAAUCCCAUUGGCUCUGCCAGCGCUUCAGCUGCGCUGGUGGUGGAAACGCAGGGCUCUUCGAACCCAGGCAGCAGCAGCCAUUUUGACACCAGCUGCGGCAAGACGGCUUCCUUGUUGUCUCACUUGCAAAAGAGGAGGGAGGAGAUAAGGAAGACAGACGGGCCCGCAACGCAACCUUCGGUGCGCACGCGCACCUGCAGCGUGACGGAGGGCAAGCACGCUAAGCUGAGCUGCUAUGUGACGGGUGAGCCCAAGCCUGAGAUCGUGUGGAAGAAGGACAACGAGGUCAUUUCGGAAGGGCGGCGGCACGUCAUCUACGAGGACGAUCAGGAAAACUUUGUGUUGAAGAUCCUCUUCUGCAAGCAGGUAGACAACGGGCUGUACACCUGCACGGCCUCUAACCUGGCAGGCCAGACCUACAGCUCUGUGUUGGUCACUGUCAAAGAACCCUUGAUACCCUUCAAGGAAAAACUGAAGGAUCUUGAAGUUCGGGAGAAGGAAUCUGCCACCUUCCAAUGUGAGGUACCUGUUCCUAGUACGGAGACAGCUUGGUUCAAGGAGGAAACCAAACUCCGGCAGAGCAAGAAAUACAACAUCGAGGAAGAGGGCACGUACCGCCGGCUCACCGUCCAGAAUGUCACUGCAGAUGAUGAUGCCGUCUAUAUCUGUGAGAUGAAAGAAGGGAGCAGGACCAUUGCAGAGCUGUCUGUCCAAGGGAACAUCAUUAAAAAACUUCCACGAAAGACUGCAGUUUCCAUAAACGAUACAGCCAUCUUCUGUGUGGAGCUGGACAACGAAUGCCAGAACAUCCGCUGGCUGAAAAACAAAGAGGAGGUGAAAGCCAGUGAUCGGAUCUCCAUCACACGCUCUGGCAAGCAACACACCAUGAUCAUCCGAGAGUGUACGAUGGAAGACGCUGGUGAAAUUGCCUUCCUGGCUGAUGAAAGCAGGACUUCUACCCAGUUCACUGUGACCACUCCCAAAAAACCUCCCACACAGCCCCCAGUUGACCCCGUGGUGAAAAAUAAAACAGAAACCUCAGUGACGCUAGCAUGGUCCCCUCCGAAGCUGGACCGCCCCAUUCCAAUAGAUGGCUACGUAGUGGAACGCAAGAAACUAACUGGCUUUACCUGGGUGAGAUGCCACGAGUCUCACAUCCCUGUCCCUGAGUUCACAGCGAGCAAUCUGGCAGAAGAGGCUGAUUACCAGUUCCGAGUGUCUGCCGUCAACGCACAUGGACAGAGCCCGUAUCUGGAAUUCCCAGGGAGCAUGCACCUCGAACCGGUCCUGGCUGUGAAAACCCCCUUGACAACUGUUGAAGCUGUACCUGGAGGGGAUGCCAUGUUCACUAUUGACCUCACAAAAACGUGUUCUGGAACUUGGUACCUUAAUGGUAAGGUCUUGCAGGAAAGUGAGACCUAUAUCAUUAAGAGAACCCAAACUACUCACAACCUAAUCAUAAAGAAUGUCACCAAGAACGAUGAUGGAGCAGAAGUGAAAUUUGUUGCCAACAAUGUUGAUAUGAGCACCAAGAUGAGAGUGAGAGGUGCUGAAGUGAGAUUUACCAACAAGAGCAGAGAUAUAGAAAAGGUCUCUGCUCGGCUGCGUGAGGAAGCCAAACUUCAGGCUGAGCUUUCAGACACAGACGCUACUGUGAAGUGGAUGAAGGAUGGGAAAGAGCUCAAGGCCAGUGAAAAAUACGAACUUCAAGCUGUGGGGAAGAGGCACGUCUUGAAAAUUCGCAACAUUGCAACAGAGGAUGCUGGAGUUUAUCAGUGCAUCUGUGAAGGGGAUAAAAUGGUCUUCCAGCUUUCAGUGAAAGCACUUGCAACCUUCAUAAACAAAGAGAGAACUGGAGGAGUUAUCAGGGCCAUCACUGGAAAACAAGCUGAAUUUGUUUCUGAGACCUCUGAAGCCAACAUCAUGGUUAAGUGGUAUAAAGAUGGCAAAGAAAUCACGGCCAGCAAGAAAUUCACUAUGGAAGAUAAGGGGAAACUGCAUAAACUUGUGGCUUCAGCUGUGACAAAAGAAGAUGAGGGAACAUACACAUGCAAAAUUGGAGAUGACACUCUUAUUUUUGAUUUAAAAGUCUCAGAGAAAGAUGUGUUUACAAACAAGGGCAAGGUACAAAAGGAGGUGAAGGCUGUACUGACACAAAAUGCCACGCUGAGCUGUGAUGUGGCCCAGGAGAAAACUGAUGUGAAAUGGUACAAGGAGGGGAAGCUGAUCACCUCGAGCAAGAAGUUCAAGGUGGAGUCGGAGGGCAAAUCUCGUCGGCUGGUGGUGAGUGAGGUGGAGAAUAAAGAUGCUGGGGAGUACACCUGCGAGGCUGCUGGCCAGAAGCUGACCUUCAAGAUUGUUGUCACAGAGCCAGAAGCUGUAUUCACAAACAAGGAGAAGGUGCAGAAGGAGGUGAAAGCUGCACUGACACAAAAUGCCACGCUGAGCUGCGAGGUGGCCCAGGAGAAGACUGAUGUGAAAUGGUACAAGGAGGGGAAGCUGAUCACCUCGAGCAAGAAGUUCAAGGUGGAGUCGGAGGGCAAAUCUCGUCGGCUGGUGGUGAAUCAGGUGGAGAAGAAAGAUGCUGGGGAGUACACCUGCGAGGCUGCUGGCCAGAAACUGACCUUCAAGAUUGUCGUCACAGAGCCAGAAGCUGUAUUCACAAACAAGGAGAAGGUGCAGAAGGAGGUGAAAGCUGCACUGACACAAAAUGCCACGCUGAGCUGCGAGGUGGCCCAGGAGAAGACUGAUGUGAAAUGGUACAAGGAGGGGAAACUGAUCACCUCGAGCAAGAAGUUCAAGGUGGAGUCGGAGGGCAAAUCUCGUCGGCUGGUGGUGAGUGAGGUGGAGAAGAAAGAUGCUGGGGAGUACACCUGCGAGGCUGCUGGCCAGAAGCUGACCUUCAAGAUUGUCGUCACAGAAGCAGAAGAUGCUUUUGUAAACAAGGAGAAGGUACAGAAGGAGGUGCAGGCAGUCACGAAAGACAAUGCCACACUGAGCUGCGAGGUGGCCCGGGAGAAGACUGAUGUAAAAUGGUACAAGGAGGGGAAACUGAUCACCUCAAGCAAGAAGUUCAAGGUGGAGUCAGAGGGUAAAUCUCGUCGGCUGGUGGUGAAUCAGGUGGAGAAGAAAGAUGCUGGGGAGUACACCUGCGAGGCUGCUGGCCAGAAACUGACCUUCAAGAUUGAUGUAACAGAGCCAGAAGCUGUAUUCACAAACAAGGAGAAGGUGCAGAAGGAGGUGAAAGCUGCUCUAACAGAAAAUGCCACACUGAGCUGCGAGGUGGCCCAGGAGAAGACUGAUGUGAAAUGGUACAAGGAGGGGAAGCUGAUCACCUCGAGCAAGAAGUUCAAGGCGGAGUCGGAGGGCAAAUCUCGUCGGCUGGUGGUGAGUGAGGUGGAGAAGAAAGAUGCUGGGGAGUAUACCUGCGAGGCUGCUGGCCAGAAACUGACCUUCAAGAUUGUUGUCACAGAGCCAGAAGCUGUAUUCACAAACAAGGAGAAGGUGCAGAAGGAGGUGAAAGCUGCUCUAACAGAAAAUGCCACGCUGAGCUGCGAGGUGGCCCAGGAGAAGACUGAUGUGAAAUGGUACAAGGAGGGGAAGCUGAUCAGCUCAAGCAAGAAGUUCAAGGUGGAGUCGGAGGGCAAAUCUCGUCGGCUGGUGGUGAGUGAGGUGGAGAAGAAAGAUGCUGGGGAGUACACCUGCGAGGCUGCUGGCCAGAAACUGACCUUCAAGGUUCACGUUACAGAAGUAGAGGAUGGUUUUAUCAACAAGGACAAAGUGCAGAAGGAGGUGAAAGCUGCACUGACACAAAAUGCCACACUGAGCUGUGAGGUGGCCCAGGAGAAGACCAAUGUGAAAUGGUACAAGGAGGGGAAGCUGAUCACCUCGAGCAAGAAGUUCAAGGUGGAGUCGGAGGGCAAAUCUCGUCGGCUGGUGGUGAAUCAGGUGGAGAAGAAAGAUGCUGGGGAGUACACCUGCGAGGCUGCUGGCCAGAAAAUGAACUUCAAGAUUCAUGUUACAGAGCCAGAAGCUGUAUUUACAAACAAGGAGAAGGUGCAGAAGGAGGUGAAAGCUGCUCUAACAGAAAAUGCCACACUGAGCUGCGAGGUGGCCCAGGAGAAGACUGAUGUGAAAUGGUACAAGGAGGGGAAGCUGAUCACCUCGAGCAAGAAGUUCAAGGUGGAGUCGGAGGGCAAAUCUCGUCGGCUGGUGGUGAAUCAGGUGGAGAAGAAAGAUGCUGGGGAGUACACCUGCGAGGCUGCUGGCCAGAAACUGACCUUCAAGAUUGAUGUCACAGAGCCCAAACCUGCAUUUAUAAACCAGGAAAAGGUACAGAAGGAGGUGAAUGCUGUCCUGACUGAAAGCGCCGUUCUCAGCUGUGAGGUAGCACAGGAUGCAACUGAAGUAAAAUGGUACAAGGAUGGAAGACUCCUUGUUUCCUCUAGAAAGUUCAAAAUAGAAACUGUGGGUAAAACCCGGCGUCUGGUUGUAGAGCAGCUGGAAAAGAAAGAUGCUGGAGAAUACGUCUGUGAGGCUGCUGGCCAGAAGCUGACCUUCAAGUUGGAACCAACUGAACCAGAGGCUAAAUUUGAAAAUAAAGUUAUCCAGAAGGAGCCCCUCAUUGUUCAAGAACAUGAAAGCAUCACUUUGACUACUUCAGUAACGCCUGAAACUGCUAUAGUGAAGUGGCUCAAAGAUGGAGCAGAAAUCAAGGCGAACAAGAAGUAUGAGAUCAAGAGCGAGGGGGCAUCCAGGACUCUGACAGUGAACCUGGCAGAGAGCACAGACACUGCUGUGUACACUUGCAAGACAAAAAGUGACAAGCAGGAAUUCAAAGUACAGGUGAAAGAAAUCCCAGUGAAGUUUGCCAAAAAGCUUGAAGCUGUUAAUGCUGAGAUUGGAGGCAGCGUGUCUUUGACCUGUGAAGUGAGCCAUGCCAAAGGGAAGGUGGUGUGGCGCAGGAAUGGAGUUGAGAUCAGGCCCAGCAAACGUUUCCAGAUUCACGAGGAGGGUGUCAAACGAACCCUGACAAUAACAGGGAUCCGGGCUGAGGAUGAGGGAGAGUACUUCUGUGAGUCCAGAGAUGACAAGAGCAGCAUUACCAUCACCCCCAAAGCUCCCAGAGUGGUGAAAUUUGUUACGAGUCUCAACAGUGUGGUCUCUGAGGAAGGAAAAGAGGCUGUGUUCAAGUGCACCGUUUCUCCCAGUGAUGCUGUAGUCACGUGGCUCAGGAAUGGUGUCAAGAUUGAAGCCAGCAAGAAGUAUGUGAUCUCACAGAAGGACACCAACCACAGUCUCACGAUCACUGAUCUGACACUGGAAGAUGCAGCUGAAAUCUCUGCCAAUGCGGAGGGUGUAGAAAGCACAGCCAAUCUCAGAGUCCGAGAGGCCUCAAUCUCCUUCAAGAAGAAACUGGAGGCCAGAACUGUUGAAGAGAAGGAUACAGUGACCUUGGAGGUAGAACUGACCAAGCCUGCAGAGGUGAAGUGGAUGAGGAACAGCAUCGUAUUGAAGCCCAGUGAAAAAAUAGAGAUCAAAACUGAGGGAACAAAGCACAUCUUGGUGGUUAAGGACAUCUCCUUUGCAGACAGGGGCUUUUACUGCUGUGAGAGUCCUGAUGACAAGACACAAGCCAAGAUCAACGUGGAAAUGAGGCAGAUCAAGCUGGUGAAAGGCCUUCAGCCCCUCGAAGUCUCUGAGAAAGGGACUGUCACCUUUGAGGUGGAGGUGUCCCAUGAGGAUGUGGAAGGGACCUGGCAGAAGGACGGCGUUCGGCUGAAGCCUGCCCUGAAUAUCAGUAUGGGCGUCCAGGGGAAGAAGCAUUCACUGACACUUUCUUCUGUGACUCUUGAAGAUGCAGGACUCAUCUCCUUCAAAGCAGAUGGCAUUCAUUCAUCAGGGAGGCUCACUGUGACAGAAUUGCCUGUGAAAAUCAGCAAACCGUUGGUAGAUGCUAGUGUAACUCAGAAGGACAAGGUCACAUUUGAGUGUGAGCUGUCCAGGCCCAACGUGGAUGUUAAGUGGUUCAAGGAUGGGAAGGAGCUGCAGCAAAGUAAAAAAGUGGGGAUUGUUUCCCAAGGAAAUAAGAGAAGUCUCAUUAUUCACAAGUGUGAAUAUGAAGACCAGGGAACCUACAUGUGUAAAGCAGCUGAAGACAAGACAUCAGCUACCCUAAAGGUUCAUGGAAAGACCUAUUCGCUGACUUACACGCGUGUCCAAGUCAAAGAUGCAGCAGAGAUCAAAUUUGUCGCUGAAAAGGCAGAAUCUCAUGCCCAGCUUAGAGUGAAAGAGCUGCCUGUAAAAAUUGUGAAGCCUUUGCGGGAUAAGAUUGCACUUGAAAAACAUCGGGGAUUCCUGGAAUGCCAAGUAUCUCGUGCCAACGCUGAAGUUAGAUGGUAUAAAAAGGAUAUGGAAAUUCACCCUAGUGACAAAUAUGAAAUUGUGAGCGAAGGUGUCUAUCGGAAACUCAUCAUCAAUGAUGCAGAUUAUGAAGAUGAGGACACAUACACUUGUGAUGCCUUUGAUGACAAAAGCAGUGCUCAUUUCUUUGUUGAAGAGCAAUCCAUUAACAUUGUAAAGGAGCUGUGUGAUGAGGACGUGACUGAGCCAGAAGAAGCCAAAUUUGAAUGUGAGAUAUCCAUUCCAUCUGUGAAACCCCCCAAAUGGUAUCUACGUGGAGAAGUCUUACAGGCUGGCAGAAACAUUAUCAUGCAGCAAGAAGGCACCAUCCACCGGCUGACAAUACUGAAAACCAGCGCUGAUAUGACAGGCACCGUUCAGUUCUCCAUCGGCAAAUCAAAAUCCACAGCAAACCUGCUUGUCAGAGAUUACCAUAUACAGAUCACCAGGAAGAUGGAGGAUAAGACAGCUUUGGAACGCCAUUCUGUCAUCCUGUCUUGUGACUUCAGGCCUUCUCCAAAGGUUGUGAAGUGGUUCAAGGGCCACACGCCCAUCGAGCCCUCUGAAAAGUACAAGAUCAAGCGGGAGAAGCAUUCAGCAGAGCUCAAGAUUCUGAAGGUGAAGCCUGAAGAUGCUGGUGUGUACAAGUGCAGGGCAGGAAAUGCAGAGACCGAAGCCACGCUGACAGUUGAAGCCCGCAACGUAGAAGUAAUCAAACACCUGCAGGAUGUGGAAAUUGAAGAAGAGAGCUCUGCUGUCUUCUCCUGUGAGCUGUCCCAUGAUGACGAGGAUGUGGAAUGGUUCCUGAACGGCACCCUCCUUUACACCAACAAUUUCAAUGACAUCAAGAAUGUUGGCAACUGCUACACGCUGACGAUGAAGCAGGUCAAGCCUGAAGAUGCUGGCACAGUGACAAUGAAGUCAGAAAAGGUGUCAGAGACCGCGCGUCUGAAGGUGAUAGAGAAGCCUGCUGUCUUCAUGAAGUCCUUGGAUGAUGUUUUUGGUGAGGAGCGAGGUAUAAUUAAACUGGAAUGUGAAGUCUCCAAAGAGAAGGUCAAACCUGUUUGGAAAAAGGAUGGUGUGGUGCUCACUGCUGGCAACAAGUAUGAGCAGAUACAGUCUGGGAAGACUCUGUGUCUCCUUAUCCAUGACCUUGAAAAGACAGAUGCAGGUUUAUACACCUGUGAUAUUGACACUGAUGUUGCCAAGUCAAAGGUCAGCAUUCAGGAACUGAACAUUGGCAUUACCAAACGGCUGAAGAACACUGAAAUCCACGAGGGAGAAGACUGUAUGUUUGAGUGCAUUUUGUCCCAUGAAAGCAUUGAUGACUUCAACUGGACACUGAAUGGGAGCAAAGUGGAAAGUGGAGGGCGAUUUAAAGCCUUUAACAUGGGUCGGAAGUAUACUCUGAGUAUCAAAAGUGCGAUUCCUGAUGAUAGUGGGGAAGUCAUUUUCACUGCCCGUGGUCUAAUCUCCAAGGCCUCUCUGGUUGUGAAAGAAAAACCUACAGAGGUUACAAAACAACUGGAGGAUAAAACAGCAGCAGCGGGGCAGGACAUCAGCCUGAGCUGCGAAUUGUCAAAGCCUGAUGUGAGCAUCAGGUGGUACAAGGAUGGCAAAGCAAUCCGAAAAAGCCAGAAGUAUGACUUGCACCAAGAGGGAACACGGGCCGUCCUGAUCAUCCAUGACUCCACAGUCAAGGACAGUGGGGAGUACACCUGUGAGACAGAAGUCUCUAAAACGAAAGCCAGGAUCACAGUGCAGGAGAAACCUAAUUACUUUGUCAAGGAACUUUCAGAUCUGAAAGUUGAUGAAAGUGGCAUUGCAGUUUUUACGUGCCAGAGUGAGAAAGCCGCGUCCUCUGUGGUCUGGAGGAAAGGCAUAGCUGAACUCAGGGCUAGCAAGAAAUACGAGAUCACGCAGAAAGGACAAGUCCUGCAGCUGACCAUAAAUAAUUUGGAGAAAAGUGACAGUGACACGUAUACCUGCGACAUUGGUGAUGCUCAGUCCAGAGCCAAGCUAGUCGUGCAAGGCCAGAAAGUGCUAAUAACAGAAGACCUGGAAGAUGUCACUGUGUUAGAAGGAGAAUCUGCCAUGUUCAAAUGCAGAAUCUCUCCUGUAGACUAUAGCAAAGUGCAGUGGUUUUUGGAUAAAACCCCACUUCAUACCAAUGAACUUAAUGACAUCCAGUCUCAGCCUGGUGGAUAUCACUUGCUAACACUGAAAAAGCUCUCACUGAAGGACUCGGGGGUCAUUACAUUUGAAGCUGGUGAUAAGAAAACAUCUGCCAAUUUGGUUGUUAAAGAAAAGCCCUGCAUCUUCACAAAGGAGCUGGUUGAUACUGAAGUCACUGAGGGAGAGGAUGUGAUUCUCCACUGUGAAAUCUCCAAAUCAGACAGCGCUGUAAAGUGGUGCAAAGAUGGGAAGAGCCUUAGGAAUUCUUCUAAGUAUAACAUCAGCCGGUCGGGAUUUGAAGCCAAGCUGGUCAUUCACAGGGCAGAAGAAAGAGACAGUGGCAGAUAUGAGUGUGAGGCUGGAGCAGCUAAAAGUAGUGCGGUUAUUACUGUCAAGGCUGUCUCUGCACUCAUCGAAGAAGAACUUAAGAGCCUAGAGGCUCUGGAAGGUGGGACAGCCAUCCUGCGCUGCCAGCUGAGCAGAGAGGCCCCUGUGGAGUGGAGGAAGGGGCACACUGUUCUCAGGCCGAGUAACAAGUACAGGAUGAGACAAGAGGGCACAGUGGCUGAGCUGCUGAUCCAUGAUGUGGACACAAAGGAUGCUGGAGACUAUACAUGUGUAGUGGGAAGCCAAAAAACCACAGCAGCCUUAUCAGUGAAUGCCUUGCCUAUCCUCUUCCAAGAAGAAAUGGUGAACAAGGAAGCUACAGAGGGUGAGGCAGUUGCUUUGCACUGUAAACUGAGCAAAUCGGCUCCCGUUGAGUGGAGAAAGGGGAAUAAGGUCCUCAAACCAAGUGAAAAAUACAAAAUAGAGCAGGAGGGCCCCUUUGCGGAGCUGAUCAUCCAGGAUUUGGAUUUGACAGAUGCUGGUGAUUACAGCUGUGUGUGUGGAGAUCAACAGACUACGGCCACUUUGACAAUAAAUGUCCUACCCACUCUUUUCACCAAAGAACUGAAAGAAGCAGAAGCUACAGAAGGUAAAAGUGUCUCUCUACGCUGUGAGCUGAACAAGGCUGCUGCUAAUGUGGAGUGGAAAAAGGGAUUCAAGACCCUCAAAUCAAGUGACAAGUAUAAAAUGAAACGAGAAGGUGUCGUUGCUGAGCUUAUAAUCCAAAAUCUAGACACGACGGAUGCUGGAAAUUAUUCCUGCGUGUGUGGAGACCAGCAGACUAUGGCAGUUUUAACAGUACAUGCUUUGCCUGCGUUUUUCAAAGAAGGUUUGAAAAACAGAGAAGCCACAGAUGGUGCAACAGCCACACUGCACUGCGAGCUGAGCAAGGUCGGGGUCCCAGUGGAGUGGAAAAAGGGGGACAAGACACUCAAACCAAGUGAUAAGUAUAGGAUGAGACAAGAAGAAACCUCUGCAGAGCUGUUGAUCCGAGAUCUGGAGGUAGAAGAUACCGGAGAAUAUACUUGUGUGUGUGGAGAUCAGAAGACCUCAGCUGUCCUGACAGUCCAUGCUUUGCCUACACUGUUCAAAAAAGAGCUCGCCAAUAUGGAAGCCACAGAAAGCGGGACAGCUGUUCUGCAGUGUGAGCUAACCAAAUCCACUCCGGUGGAGUGGAAGAAAGGGCAAGAGGUGCUCAAGCCUAGUGACAAGUACAAAAUGAGGCUGAAGGAUACCAUUGCUGAGCUGACUAUCCAUAACCUGGAGGAACAAGAUGCAGGAGAUUACACGUGUGUGUGCGGAGAGAAGACAACUAGUGCAUCCCUGACCGUGCAUGCCUUGCCUGCACACUUCAAGGAAGAAAUGAAGAAUGAGGAAGCCACAGAAGGUGGAACAGCCACACUACAAUGUGAGCUAUCUAGGGCUGCCUCUGUGGAGUGGAAAAAGAAACACAAAGUGCUCAAAUCAAGUGAAAAAUAUACUAUGAGACAGGAAGGUACCACAGCACAACUACUGAUCCAUGCUUUAGAAGUCAAGGACGCUGGGGAGUAUACCUGUGUGUGUGGAGACGAGAAGACUACUGCAGCAUUGACAGUGCACGCCCUUCCUGCUCUCUUCAAAGAAGAGUUAAGAGAUGAGGAAGCCACUGAGGGUGAAGUAGUCACUCUGCACUGUGAGUUGACCAAGACUGCUCCAGUGGAAUGGAAAAGGGGGCACAGAGUACUCAAACCUAGUGAGAAAUACAAAAUGAGGCAGAAGGAUGCCACUGCAGAACUGGUGAUCCAUAACCUAGAUGAGAGCGAUGCUGGUGAUUACACCUGUGUGUGUGGGGAUAAGCAGUCCACAGCUUCCUUAGCAGUACACGCACUGCCUGCACGCAUCAAGGAAGACCUGAAGGAUGAGGAAGUAACAGAAGGUCGAACGGCCACUCUGUGCUGCGAGUUGACCAAAGUUGCUCAGGCAGAGUGGAGAAAGGGAAGCACUUUGCUCAAAGCCAGCGACAAAUACAAAAUGAAACAGGAAGGCACAGUUGUGAAGCUGCUUGUCCAUGACGUAGAACUGAAAGAUGCUGGAGAAUACACUUGUGUGUGUGGAGAACAGGAGACAACAGCUGCCUUGAUAGUGAAUGCCCUGCCUGCACUUUUCAAAGACAAACUGAAGAACCUGCAGGCCAUAGAAAGCCAAACAGCCACUCUGCGCUGUGCACUGACCAAGGCUGCAUCUGUUUCAUGGAAGAAAGGAAAUAAAAUACUCAGAGCAAGUGAAAAAUACAUCAUGCGGCAGGAUGAUGUCCUUGCUGAGCUGGAAAUUCCUCUGCCACCACUCUUUAAGGAAGAGUUAAAGAACAAGGAAGCAGAAGAAGGUGGAGAUGUCACCCUGCACUGCGAGCUCACCAAGGCUGCUCCAGUGGAGUGGCAGAAGGACCAGAGGGUUCUCAAAAUGAGCAAGAAAUACAAAAUGAGGCAGGAAGGGACCCGGGCAGAGCUGGUGAUUCAUGAAAUAGCUGAGGAAGAUGCAGGAGACUACACCUGUGUGUGCGGAGAGCACCAGACUACAGCUGUCUUAACAGUACAGGCACUACCUGUCACAUUUAAGCAACCCCUUCAAAAUAAGGAAUCAGAGGAAGGAAGUACAGCUACUUUCUGCUGUGAGCUAUCAAAACCCAGUGCUGCAGUGGAAUGGAGGAAAGGAGGAGUGGUGCUGCAGCCCAGCCAGAAGUAUGAAAUGAGACAAAGGGAAUGCCUGGUAGAGCUCUUAAUACAUAAUCUCAAAUUAGAAGAUACAGGAGAAUACAGCUGUGAUACUGGGGAUCAGGAAACAAAGGCAUCUUUAAAUGUAAAAGCCCUACCAGUUCUUUUCAAAAGGGAGCUUAAGGACAAGGAGGUUGAAGAAGGAGCUGCAGUGAAAUUCCAGUGUGAGCUGACAAAGGAAAAUGCAACUGUGGAGUGGAGGAAAGGCACCAUGGAGCUCUUCUCGUGUGCCAAAUAUGAAAUUAAAUUAAGUGGUUGCACAGCUGAACUUGUGAUCCAUAAUGUAGAACCAGAAGAUGCCUCCGAUUAUACAUGUGAUACAGGAGACCAGCAGAGCACAGCAGUCCUCCGAGUGAAUGCCAUCAAACCCCAGCUAAGGCAGCAGCUGAAAAAUGAAGAAGUGGAAGUAGGAGGAACAGCCAAGCUGCGCUGUGAGAUUUCCAUAAGCAAAGCAGAAGUGGAGUGGAGGAAAGACGGAGUCCUGCUUCAGUCGAGUUCCAAGUACGAAAUGUGGCAGCACGGCACCCUCCGUGAGCUGCGUGUUCACCGCUUGGAGCCCAGUGAUGCUGGCGAAUAUUCCUGCAAGGCUGGAGAUGAGACAACCUCUGCAAAACUGACUGUGAAAGAGCCUGACGUGACCAUUGUGAGUGGCCUAAAGGACAUGGUGGUAUUUGAAGGGGAUGAUGUCACCUUUCAGUGCCAGGUUUCUCAUGAGAAUGCAAGGGAUGUUGAAUGGAAGCUACAGGAUGUUGCUCUGCAAAAUAAUGAAAUGAAUGAGAUCUCAGUGGAAAAGGGAAAGAUCCAUAAGCUGACGUUAAGAAAGGUGACAGACCAGGACAUCGGCACUAUUGCUUUCCGAGUGGGACCACACGUGUCUACAGCAGAGCUCACAGUAAAAGAACCAGCAGCAACCAUAGUGGAGAUGCUGAAGGACGUCACUUCAUAUGAAGGAGAAGAUGCAGUGUUUGAAUGCAGGCUGUCACGGGAAACAACUCAGGAUGCUCAGUGGUUCCUGGGAGAUGUUCCCUUGCAAUCCAACGAAAUGAAUGAGAUCAGAGUCCAAGGGACACGUCACACUUUGGUCCUGAGAAAGGUGACACUAGAAGACUGUGGGCCUGUCAGUUUCAAAGUCGGGCAGCAUACCUCAGGAGCACAGCUAACAGUCCAAGCCAAGAACAGCAUUGUCCAGGGCCUGGAGAAUGUGGAAGCAGUGGAAGGAGGAGAAGCCCUGUUUGAAUGCUACCUUUCCAAGCCCGAGUGCUGCGAUUACAACUGGCUGAUUGACGACGAGCCUGCCAAAACUACAGAAAACACUGAGAUGGUUUACUUUGAAAAUGGGCGCAGGCAUCUGCUGCUGCUGAAGAACCUGACUCUCCAGGACAGCUGCAGGGUGACUUUCACGUGCAGCGACGCCAUGACCUCAGCCUUCCUGACGGUGAAAGGAUGGCGCCUGAAGAUCUUGCAGCCUCUCACUGAUGUGGAAGUCUCUCUGGGAGAGAAAGCUACAUUUAGCUGUGUUCUAAGUGAAGCUGUGCCAAUUAAUGAAGUUACCUGGUAUAUUAAUGACAUGGAGAUCCAAUCAGAUGAGGACUGGGAGGUACAAGCAGAUGGAAACAAAUACAAACUUAUUCUGAGAAAAGCUCAACCGCAUCAUUCAGGAGAGGUGACCUUUGCUUCCAGGGAAAUAAUUGCAUCAGCCAAGUUAUCUGUUAUAGCCCACCCUGAUCCCCCCGAAGAACCAGAAGUUUUAAGUAAGAACAGUCACUCUGUAACUCUGUCUUGGUACAAACCGCUGAGCGACGGUGGUUGCGACAUCCUAGGCUACAAAGUGGAGAGGAAGAUCCCAGGUAUUGGCUGGCAGUCAUGCAGCAAGGGCAUUAUUCCAAACACGGAGUUUAUCGUGGAUGAUCUCACCCCAGGUGAACCCUACAGAUUCCGCGUCUCGGCUCUAAACAAAGUUGGGGCCAGCGAGCCGGUGCACUUCCCUCAAAUGGUGCAGCUAGAACCUACAGUUACGGUCACCCAUCCUUUGGUGGGAGGAUCAGUCUCAGAAGGGGACAUGGCUCGCCUGGAGUGCAAAUUAUCAAGUGAAAUCAAAGAGAGUGUGACAUGGCUGAAAGGAAAAGAACAAAUACAAGCUGGAGGGAGAUAUGAAAUCAUCUCUGAUGGAAAAAAGCAAAUACUCAUUAUUCAUGCAUUUAAACCUGAAGAUCAGGACACAUAUACCUGCAUGGUUUCUCCAGAAGUCAAGUCUGUUGCCAGCUUGUGUCUUGAAGUACCUACAGUGACAAUGCUAAAAGAGAUCGCCAUGGAAGUGCCCCCUGCAAGCCAACAGGAAGAGCUGGUAGAUGGCCAUGUCCAGCCCAGGCUGCCCCCCGAGGCUGCACAGGAGGGAGACCUCCACCUCCUGUGGGAAGCUCUGGCCAAGAAACGCCGGAUGAGCCGGGAGCCCACCUUGGAUUCCAUCAGCGAGGUACCUGAAGAGGACGAGAGGCUCCAGAAGCUGAAGAAGGAGGAAGCAGAGAUGUCUCACUAUUACUCAGAGGAGUACUCCACAUGUGAUGAGCUGGCCAGGACAGGAGAAGCAGAUUUGUCCUUCACAAGCUCAGAUGAUGAGUCCAGAGCUGGGACUCCUUCACUAGUGAACUACCUCAAGAAAGCUGGAAAGAAAAGUAAAUCCAGUGUGGAGACUGUUGUGGCUGCCCCAGCUGCUAAGCCAGCUGAACCAGAAAUAACAGAUUUAGAUGAUCCUUCCAUGAACAAGGCUGCUGUGAAGAUUCAGGCUGCUUUCAAAGGCUACAAAGUCAGGAAAGAGAUCAAGCAACAAGAAUGUCCAGUGUUUACUGAGACCUUCAGAGACUUCUGUGGAGAGCCUGGAAGCACUCUCCACCUUGAGUGCAUGGCCCACAGCAAAACUGACAUGAAAGUCCGUUGGCUGAAAGAUGGGGAAGAACUUUCGGAUGGUCGCUACUAUCACAUAGAUAAUUACAGUGAUGGGACCUGCUCUUUGAUCAUCACUGGCCUGGAUAGGAAAGAUGCAGGUAAAUACACCUGUGAGGUAUCCAAUAAAUUUGGGAAGGUUUCACAUAGUGCCAAGGUGGUGAUCGGCACUCAGGAACCUCAAACAGAGAGCUCCUCUGGCAGCGAGCUGGAUGAUGCUUUCCGUAAAGCAGGAAGGAGACUUCAUAGACUUUUCAGGGCCAAGAUCUCAACGGAGAUAUCUGAUGUGGAGGAAGAGCUCUUUGUCAGCGCGGAUGAAGGGGACAUAGACGUGGUUGACCAUCAGACAUAUCGUGAGGAUGACCAAUACAUUUACAUCAAGUUUGAAAUCUUGUCUGAGGCAAAAACUGCUGCCACUCGUUUCAGAGAGAUGUUCGGUGCUCUGGGAAUUCCUGUGGAGAUUGACAUUUUAGAACAGGGCCCUAAGAAAAUUGAAUUGCGUAUUGGGAAAGCAACACCACCCACCCAUGAGAAGUUUGCACCACCAGUAAUGAGACCACCACCACCUUUGCUGACUUCUGAUACAGCUCCCAUGUUCAUGACUGAGCUCCAGAACCAAGAGGUACAAGAUGGAUAUCCUGUCAGCUUCGACUGUAUUGUUGUUGGCAAACCCCUCCCCACGGUUCGCUGGUUCAAGGAUGGGAAAGCUAUUGAAGAAAAUGAUCAUUACAUGAUCAACGAGGACCAGGAGGGGUGCCAUCAGCUGAUCAUCACAGCUGUGGUCCCCACUGACAUGGGCGUUUACCGUUGCCUUGCUGAAAACAACAUGGGAGUUGCUUCAACCAAGGCUGAGCUUCGAGUGGACUUGACCAGCACUGACUAUGAGACAGCAGCAGAUGCAACAGAGACAUCUUCUUACUACAGUGCCAAAGAAUAUAUUUCAAGUCGAGAACAGGAGGAAUCUACCACUGAAGAGGAGCAAUUGCCCCAGAUCCUCGAUGAACUUCAUGAUAUUCAUGUGGCACCUGGAGCACCACUGGCUAAAUUCCACCUGAAGGUGAAAGGGUACCCAGAGCCCCGUCUCUAUUGGUUCAAGAAUGGACAGCCAUUAAAGGCCUCGGAUCGUAUCCUGAAGAUCGAUAAAAGGGAAUUGCAUUCACUGGAAAUUCUCAAUGUCACUAAGUCAGAUGCUGGCCAAUACUCAAUAUUUCUCAUCAACUCUGCUGGUUCUGCAUAUUCAUCAGCCAGGCUGGUAGUCAAAGAUCCUGAUGAGAAAGAAGAGCCAGAAACAGAUUCCCACGAGCAGCUGAUACCACCAAGGUUCCUAGAAAGAUUUACUAAUAAAAAGGUGAAGAAAGGUGCAAGCAUCACAUUAUCUGUAAAAGUUGAAGGACACCCUCCACCAACUAUUACUUGGAUGAAAGAAGAGUCUCAGGAAGACAUCCUGUGGAUCAAACCAGAUACUCCUGGAUAUAAACUCGCCAGUUCAAAUAUGCAUCACAGUCUAAUCCUGUUGGAUGUUAAAAAGAAGUACAGUGGAGCUUAUACAUGCAUUGCUACCAACAAAGCUGGCCAGUCCAUCUGUACUGCCACCCUAGAAGUUGCAGAUGUGAAAGAGGCUGAAGUUCUGACCCAAGAGCGCGUGAUGGUAUCAGAAGCCAUAAUGACCACGCUGGGAGCUGUUCAUCCCUCUGAAGGAGAUCUUGAAGCUGGUAGGGAAGGCGUACCCAAAACCCCUAUUUCAUUAGCUGAUGUUGGAACAGAAGAGUUCUUCCAGAAACUCACCUCUCGUAUCUCAGAAAUGGUAUCUGCAAAAAUAAGUCAGGCUACACUUCGAGUGCCAGGUGCAGAAAGUGAUGAGGAGUCAAAAACUCCCUCUGCAUCUCCUCGGCAUGGACGAUCCAGACCUUCAUCCAUUGCUCAGGAGUCCUCAUCUGAAUCUGAAGAUGGGGAUUCCAGAGGAGAGAUCUUUGAUGUCUACAUGGUCACAGCUGACUAUGUGCCUGCUGCACCUGACAGGGAGACCAUCACUUUGAAGGAAGGCCAAUAUGUGGAAGUCCUUGAUUCAGCUCAUCCUCUGAAGUGGCUGGUCAGGACUAAACCCACAAAAUCCAGCCCCUCUCGACAGGGUUGGGUAUCUCCAGCUUAUCUGGACAAGAAAUUAAAGUUGUCACCAGAGUGGGGAUCAACAGAAGUUCCCGAGUUUCCUGGAGAAUUUGUUUCUGAGGAUGAAUAUAAAAGGAAGCUAAGUGUUCUUAUUCAAGAACUAUUGAUCUCAGAAGAGGAUUAUAUUCAGGAUCUACAGUUCCUCCAGACUCAUCACCUUAAGUACACUGAGGUCUGUCCCAAUGUCCCAGGAGCUGUUGCCAGUCAGAAAUCCACCAUCUUCAGAAAUAUUGAUGACAUUGCUCACUUCCAUUCCAGUGUCUUCCUCCGAGGCCUACAGAAAUGUGACACUGAUGAUGACGUGGCCAUGUGCUUUAUUAAACAUGAGGCAGAAUUUGAUAAGUACAUCCAGUACCUGGUGGGGCGGGUACAGGCUGAGUCGAUUGUUGUAAGCAAAGCUGUCCAGGAUUUCUACAAGAGAUAUACAGAUGAAAUUUUAACUAAUGAAGAUCCGUCACAUCCACUUAUCCCACCACUGCAGCACUAUCUGGAAAAACCCAUAAACAGGAUCCAGCAGUAUCAGACUAUUAUCAAGGAAUUAAUCCGAAACAAAGCAAGAAAUAGCCAAAAUUGUACUUUGCUGGAGCAGGCUUAUGCCAUUGUGUCAGCACUCACCCGAAGAGCAGAAAACAACCUUCAUGUCUCACUCAUUGAGAAUUACCCAGGGACUUUGGAAAGCCUUGGUGAACCUAUCCGACAGGGCCACUUCAUUGUGUGGGAAGGAGCUCCAGGAGCUAGAAUGGCAUGGAAAGGACACAAAAGGCAUGUCUUCCUGUUCAAGAAUUACAUUGUGAUCUGCAAACCAAAACGAGACACAAAGACAGACACCUACAGCUACAUCUUCAAGAACAUCAUGAAGCUGAACAACAUCGAUGUGAACGACAUCGUGGAAGGGGAUGACCGUGCGUUUGAGAUCUGGCACGAACGGGAAGAUUCAGUCCGCAAGUACCUCCUUCAGGCGCGUACAGUGAACAUCAAGAACUCCUGGGUGAAGGAGAUCUGUGGCAUACAGCAGCGAAUCAGCCAGCCUAUCUGGAUACCUCCAGACUUUGAGGAAGAACUGGCAGACUGUACAGCUGAGCUAGGAGAGACAGUCAAGCUGGCUUGCAAAGUUACAGGAGCUCCCAAGCCAUCUGUCAGCUGGUACAAAGAUGGAAGGCCAGUGGAGGUGGAUCCCCAUCACAUUAUAAUAGAAGAUCCCGAUGGUUCCUGUACAUUGAUCUUGGACAACCUAACAGGUGUUGACUCAGGACAGUAUAUGUGCUUUGCUUCCAGUCCUGCUGGAAAUGCCAGUACCUUAGGAAAGAUCCUUGUUCAAGUGCCACCACGGUUUGUGAACAAGGUUAGAAAUGCUUAUUUUGUUGAGGGUGAAGAUGCUCAGUUUACCUGUACUGUCGAAGGAGCACCUAGGCCUCAAGUCAGAUGGUACAAAGAUGGUGUACUGUUGAAGGACACAAGUAAAUACCAGAUGUUCAGUGAACCACGGAGUGGCAUUCUAGUCCUGGUGGUCAAGAACACUUCCAAUGAAGAUAUGGGACACUAUGAAUGUGAACUGGUGAACAGAUUAGGGUCAGCAAAAAGUGGAGCAGAACUUUACCAUCACACUGCUGCAGCCCUGACUCAGGAGAGGAGAGGAGACCAAGCCAUUACCAUAGAAGUCACUGAACAAGAGACUAAAGUGCCCAAGAAAACCAUCAUCAUAGAGGAAACGAUAACCACUGUGGUGAAGAGCCCAAGGCAAAGGGGAAGGGUUUCUCCUGCCCGUUCUUCUUCAGGUCAUUCACCUUCCCGCUCUCCGAGAGCGGAGCCAACUCCAGAGCCAGUUUACGUUUCAAAGAUCAGGCAGCCUGUCCACAGACAUGAGCAAGAGGCAACAUCGAAGUCUGCUGUCCCCGUGCUUUAUGUCACAGAGCCCGAGAACAAGCAAGGAGCAGCAGCAAGAGAAAUCACAGAGACCAAGACAGAAGAGCAAAAGCCCAAAUGGGUUGAAGUAGAAGAAAUAAUUGAAUUCAAGGUGAAAAAAUCACCAAAACCUGCAAGGAAAAGAGGAUCUUCUCCAGCAAAACAAGAAAAAGAUGACUCAGGGGUGUUAACAUUCACUUUUCCCAGCUCAAGGCCUAGGCAUUCCCCAGAUGAUGAUCCAAACACAAACAAUUCCAACAAUAAACUGGUGGAACAGUCAAAAUCUUCUUUGCCUAAAGACAAUCUCUCUGAAGUUGACAUCCAGCCCCUGGUUUAUGCAACAGAUCAGGAAGGACCUCAAGUCAGCAGCGAGGAUAGAAGUUCCCCGUGUGGGUCUGAACAACUAGGCAAUAAUUCAUUUAUCGAUUAUGGAACUGAAGGAAAGAGCAGCCCACAGGAAGCGAGCGCUCACUGUGGAUCAGGUGUCGAUUCCCCACUGCUUGCCUGCGGGGGUGAGCCCUUGAUCUUCAGCUUUGAGACCACUGCUGCAGACGAACACCAACUUCUGUUCUCACCAGCGAGCGCCGAGGUUAAAGAAGAGGAGGAUGAAUUAGACACAUCUUGGCCUGUUGAAGAGGGAGUACCCGAAGUAGUGCCAGAUGUCCUUCCAGAAGAAGAUAAUGUCAUCAUAGUUGAGGAACCAGAAGAACUACAGACAGAAGACAUUAGCACCCGGGACCGCAAAAUCUUAACCCACAAUGGCAAAGUAUUAACUUUGGAGGAUCUUGAAGACUAUGUUCCCGAAGAAGGCGAGACCUACGGGUGUGAUGAUCAGAACCAGACAGCAGACAAACCGUGCGAGAUCUCUGUGCUCCAGACAGAGAUUAACGAGCCAACGAUUGGAAAGCCAGUGCUGCUGAACCUGGGGAGACCCGUGGUUUCCAAGCCCAGGCAAAGAUUUUUCAGCAAGUUUGAGGAGCAUGUUCCUGGGGGCAUGUUCGUGUCGGCAUCUAGAGUAACUGGUGUGCAGUCUGUAGGCCCCUCAAACAUCUCUUUCCACGUGAGUGAUACCUGCAUGGCGGUGACGCCCGGAGUGCACGCAGCAACAGCAGCAGCUUCUUCUGGUCCCUCCUUUACAGUGAAACCAUCUUUCUGCACUGAAGUCCAGCUCUCAGCAGACAACGGACAGUCAAGUUUUAAAACUGAAGUUUCCACAAGAACCCUCAGCUAUGGGACUGUUGGUGAGCCUGUUACGCUGCACAUCAGCACAGAAGACCUCUCCCAAAGCUGAGCAGAUACAAGCAUAAUUUUUAACACAAAAGAAAAGCAGAGAAAAAAAUCAAAAUUGUUGUAGGUGAGGAGAAUUGGUGGCAAUGAUUACACAGUAACAUGUAUGAGGGAAUACCUUUGAAAAAAAUGUAUUUAAAUAUGAGUUUUUCUAGUCUUAAAGGGAACAUGUAUGUCAGUUUGGUAAUUUUAAAAGCUUUGAUCGAGGUGAACAUAUAUCAUUCCAGAGUGGAGCUGUGGUGAUAGGUUUAAGAAAAGCCUGAUUCUCCUACCUGUGACACAAAUAUAAAUAAGUGUUUUUUUGUUCGUGAACAUAAAAAUUAUUUCACAUGCCAACUUGUAAAUUAUAGUGUGGCAAGAAGGUGAAAGUACCUAAGCUUUUCAGCAUCCUUCAGCAGCCAGAAUAGGAAGACUGUUUACAGCUAAAGCGAUCUCCUGUCACGGUGUGCACCUGAAGGUCGUGGAGUUUCUCACUGCUUUGACACCAAUUAGCUCUGCCAAAAUUUUCUUCAUAAACCUUUCAACAUGCACAGUCUGAUUAAAUUAUUAUGAACUUCUGCCACAGAAUGAAAUA